UGUAUACCAUCACUCUGGAAUUGAAAGUGGAAUACUAUCGCAGUUUUUAGUGUCUCCUGAAUUGCAGAAGUUGACGUCAGUUUCAAUGCAAGUUAAUGUUGAUGGACUUCCACUUUUCAAAAGCUCAAAUGCCCAGUUCUGGCCAGUUCUUGGUUUAAUUGAGCAAUACGUGUGUAAUGUCCAACAAAACAAACUUCCAUUUGUCAUUGGUCUCUAUUAUGGGAAGAAGAAGCCAAGCAGCCUUCACUUUUUGAAUCCUUUUGUAGAAGAGGCACAGCGACUUGAAGCGGAAGGAGUUCUGUUUGAAAGGAGAGCACUUCCUUUCAAAAUAUCAACAUUUAUCUGUGACGCCCCUGCUCGUGCACUUGUUCGAAAUGUGAAAGGUCACAGUGGAUAUUAUGGGUGUGACAAGUGUGUUCAAAAGGGGGUCCACUACGAGAACAGGAUGACCUUUCCUCAAACAGAUUCUGCUCCAAGAUUAGACCAUGCAGUCCGUGAUGAACUUUCUGAUGACAGUCAUCAGUGUGGAGAAACGCCAUUGGCAUUGUUGUCUGUUGGUUUGGUCACCCAGUUCCCACUGGAUUAUAUGCAUCUGGUAUGCCUUGGAGUGACAAGAAAGUUGUUGCAUCUUUGGCUAAAGGGACGGCGGCUGACAAGAUUUUCGCCCAGCAUGGUAAAAGAGCUCUCCAGAGUACUCCUGACCUUCACACCUCAUGUUCCGUGCGAGUUCAACAGGAAGCAACGAUCCAUGGAAGAUGUUGAGCGUUGGAAAGCUACAGAAUUCAGGCAGUUCCUCUUGUACACUGGACCAGUCAGCUUAAAAGGCCUUGUACCAACUCAAGUGUACAACAACUUCAUGCUGCUUUCAGUUGGCAUCACCAUCCUACUGAAUGUGUCCCUGUGUGCUGACCUAGCAGACUAUGCACACAGAAUAUUGGUUCUCUUUGUUGAUCACUGCAGCAAGCUUUAUGGAAAAGAACAUGUGACAUACAACAUGCAUGGAUUGGUGCACCUGAGCCAAGAUGCCAAAAAGUAUGGCGUCCUUGAUAACAUAUCAUGCUUCCCAUUUGAAAACUUCCUUGGGUGUCUGAAGAAACUGUUGCGCAAGCCUGCACAACCACUGGAGCAGGUUGUUCGCCGAUUGUCAGAGAGAAGUCAGCACAGAAGAACAAACAUCUCCAAAACAAGGUCCUUGAGAGAGCACAACCAUGGACCACUUCUCAACGGUCUUUCUGUGAAAAAGCAGUAUGAGGAGUGUUACUUUCAAGACUUUGUUGUGAAACGUUCAGAGGGAGACAACUGUGUCCUGUUGGAAAAUAAAGACAUAGUUGUUAUACAGAAUGUCGUCGUUGAUGAAAUGGACAACACUUUGCUCAUCUACAAGAGGUUCCGGAACAUGGUCGAUUUCUUCACUUACCCUGUGGAAUCUUCCAAGCUAGGCAUUUUUCAUUUAUCUGGCCUGUCAGAUACACUCCGCUUUACCCAUAUAGCAAAUGUGCAGAAGAAAUAUUAUCUUCUUCCUUGCCUGGAUGGAAAGGCUGGUUUUCCGUUGAUCCACUUGUAAAAAUGACUGCUUUUUUUGAAGGGAUGCUGUUUGCCAUUGUUCAGUUUAUUGAUGAGGAGGAUCAGCCAUUUGCAGUGGUUCCGCAAGUGUGGCUCAGCGAGGGCAUGUGCUAUUGGCCCCCAUUUAACCUCCGCAAAAAAGACAAAGGCAACAAUUUAGCCAUCCGCUGCACGCCUCCACACAGCACCUGGGAGAAACAUCAUUUUAAGUUUAUGAAGGGAGCAGAAUGUUGGCAAGAGGCGAUGAGAUAUUUGGUGCGCUUCCAAACAGGUUCUAGCGUUGAAACGACGGACGAUGACAAGAAGAGAAAGAGAAAGAGAAUCUCAAAUUCCAAGUACAGACCCCAGGCCUCUUCUGAUGAAGAGGAGUCUAGUCUUCCAGAUGCACCAGCAGUGCUGUCGUUUGGACAACCUCUUUUGAGCUUUGAAAACAUUGUUCCUGGUAACAAGGUUUCAGUGCUGCCCGAUGCUCCAGAAGUUGCAUCGAUUCCAGAAAACCAGGAAAAUGUUGUGCCAUCUGUAGACUUCAGAGGUGAACCAGGUUUCUCCCCAGAAAUUCAGACUCCACUUCACAGAGCCAAGAGUUUGAGUACAAGACACUUGACUGGUUACUCGCCGCAGCAGUUUCUGGAUGAAAGGUGUCGAGCUCGUCAAGUACUAAGCUUUACACCCCCAGCAGCAAAUUUACCCUGGCAGCAUAUGGGUGAAAACGCUGGAGGAGAAAGUCAUCGCUCUGUAAUUGGCCCUUGGACUCCCCUGGCAUCUCGUGUACAGCAUGAAGUUUUCAGCUAUGAAGAUUUCCAGAGACUCCAGAAUGAAAAACAAGCCGUGAUGGAGGAGAACCAAGCCCUUAGGGAGGAGAACCAAGCUCUGAGGGAGGAGAACCAAGCUCUGAGGGAGGAGAACCAAGCUCUGAGGGAAAGCACUGCACGAGCAGCUUCGGAUGACAGCGGCUCACUUCAAGAGCAGGUGAAGCAAGUUGGGACAAUGUUGAAGACGUUUGCUCGCACUGGGCAAUCAGGUGCAGAUCAGACCUUAAUGCUGCGACGUCUUGGAGAGUUUGGCGAUGUUGUGCGUAGCAUGGACAACAAAAUGGACACUAUGCUGCAACAUUUCAGUGCCAAUGUGUCUGUUGGAGAGUUAUCCCUGCCAGGGGAUCUGUUACUCCCCCUAGACACCCAGGAAGAUUUGGCGUUGCUUGACAACAGUUUGAGGCAGGAUAAAGAGCUCCAGGAACGAUUUCUUCGGUUUUUGGCAAUCAAAUGUGGGAGGGACCUAAAGACAACCGUCUGGCGGAUGCUUCAAAGUAUCUUCUCUAAUCACCUUUCCAUCAAUACAACCUGGACUGGAGUUGGGGAUAAAGCAUGUUUUAGAGACACGUUCCUGAAGACCAUUGUUCAAAGAGCCAUCCGGAAGAACCCGGCAACACAGGAUGCCACUGAUGAAGCCAUCCAGGUUAACGUUACGCGUUACCUGAAAGGAGCAUCUGACCGUGAAGGCGGAAAAAGGCGCCGCACAGCUGAGAGGGACCCACAGCCGACCCCUUAAACCUAGGCUGACUACUGACAUCCCAGCAUCACUGACAACUGGAACCCUUUCUUUAUCCUGCAGUCAGUAACAUCAAGACCCCUAAAGAAGCCAGAAGUGUCAGACUGCACUCCCCAAUCCACACUGUUCACUGUGGAUAUUAUCAUAGUGCUUAACUUAUUAUAUUGUUAAAUAUAGCUUGUAAAUCCUUGUGCCACAGGUCAGCAUUGCAGUUAUAUCUGUUCUACUACUUUUUUUACCUCAGUAUUUUUUAUAUAUAUUUGAAGAUGUUUAUCACAGAUACAAGAGACAUCUUGUACCCCAGGUCAGCAAUGCCAUUAUAAUGGUCUAUUCUACUCCAGAGCUUUAUUCUAAAUUAUUACCACUUAUCUUAUUGUUAGAAAUGGCUUGUAAAUGUGAUGUUAUACC